AUGGAGAUGAACUAUAGCUCGAGAGAGCUGCGUGAGCUCGAAAAUGAGCUCGGCACGGAAAUCCUUCCUGGCACAGAAAUCAUGCGAGACACAGGCACGCACCACUUCGUCAAGACAGGUGAUAAGAACCAUCGAGUCCUUGUCCCACAGCCUAGCACGGAUAAAAACGAUCCACUCAACUGGAGCCUGAAAUGGAAAUUGAUUACUAUCAUCUCGGCCUCCAUAGUCACUUUCACGCAAGGAUUUGGCCCGCUUGCUUUGGCGCCCAUGUUUGAGGACUAUGUCAAAGAGUUCGACUGCACGCUGGCGCAGGCUGUACAAUUUACUGGUGUCCCGAUCUUGAUACUCGGCUUCAGCAACUUUCUUUGGGUGCCCAUUAGUACCUCUUUCGGCCGCCGUCCGGUCUACCUCGCCUCCCAAUUGAUCUGUCUCGCAUCAUGUAUCUGGCGCGCGAAAGCGACAACAUACAACUCUUUCAUGGGUGCUUGCGCACUGAAUGGAGUGGGAGCGGGCCCUGCUGAGACGAUUCAGCCUGCUGUCAUCGCGGAUAUUUUCUUCCUCCAUGAUCGUGGAAAGUGGAACACUUUGUACUGGGUGGUGUACAUGGGGUCUCUCAUGGUCGGCCCUAUUGUGUCUGGUCCGAUGGCCCUUACUGUCGGCUGGCGCAACUUUUGGUGGCUGAAUGUGGCAAUACUUGCAUUCAGCUUCCUCCUGGUUGUGUUUGGCUUUCCGGAGACUCGCUGGCAUCGUGUUCACCCAGGCGAAAAAACCGCCAGUCCAAGCUCCGUCAGCCCGCCAAACGAGAAGGUGGCUCCUAGUACACAGCCAGCAGUCGAGAAUAACGCUGACAAGUCGGCCGUCAGCGCUCAGGAGGACGUCUCUCAAGUCGAGCGCACUGCCUCGCUGACUCAAGUCCUCACCGUCGACGAUCCAUGGCUUGGUCGAGGUGGCCCGAAGAAACUACAAUGGGCACUCUUUCAGCCGAACGCUCAUCCUUUCAAGUCCAUCUUAAUGGAUCUGUGGAUCCCGUGGAAGCUGAUGUGCUUUCCGAUCGUACAAUUCGCAUCCUUCGUUGUCUCCUGGAGCUGUUCGUCAUUUUUGACUCUCAACCUCACGCAAACCCAGGCGUUUGCUCCACGAGGCUUCACUUCGCUUCAAAUAGGAUUCAUGAACUUUGCCAUCCUAAUCGGAGCAAUGAUCGGCCUCGCGACUGCAGGGCCGCUGAGUGAUUGGGUCAGCGACUACUUCACUCGACGCAACAAUGGCAUCCGUGAGCCGGAGAUGCGCCUCGCCGCCAUGAUCCCUUACGUGGUCAUUAUGUACCUCGGGAACAUCAUUGUCUCUGUUGGGUACGACAACAAGUGGCCUUGGGAGGCAAUCGUUGUCAUCGGCUUCACCUGUGCAGGCAUUCAGGUAGCGGCGCUGCCCAGCAUUGCGAGCACCUACGCUGUCGACAGUUAUAAGCCUGUGGCUGGGAGUUUGUUCGUCAGCAUCACGGUCAACAAGAAUGUAUGGGGAUAUGGCUUCAGCAAGUUCAUCACCAAUUGGGCUGAAGAGGACGGUUUCGUACCGCCGAUCAUGACCAACGCGAGCCUGAUCUUGUUGUGGUGCUUGUUUGGGAUUUUGUUCUGGUACAAGGGAAAGACCUUCAGGAGGUGGUCUAAGAACUCGAGCAUGCAUCUGCUUUGA